AUGGAGCCUACAAUUCCACCCACCUUUGAGCCCUACCUUCUCACCCCCCUGGACUAUCUCCCUCCUCCGAUGCACAUGACUGCCUUUUUAACAUUUGUCACAGACGAUACUUCUCAGGCUAUUCGAGUCUUGACAGCCGGGGUUUCACAAUUGGUUGGUCACUUGCCUUUCCUCACUGGAAAUGUCUCUCCUUCGACCACCUCUAUUCCCGGCCGGCAGAACGUCCGCGAAGUCCAGCCAUCGACAGCGGCAAUUUUGGAGCAAUACCCCAUGUUGUCAACCAAGAACCACCACCAAAAAUACACCUCUGUGAUAGGAUAUGGGCAAAAAGUCUGCUACGAUGAUAUCUUCACAGAGGAAUAUCUACCAUUGCCACUACAUAUGGCCACUGCUACUGCCAGCCCAGUGUUCCGAUUUCAAGCCAACAUCCUUGAAGAUGGGAUCAUCCUCUGCGCCAGUGCCCAUCACAUGGCUCUUGAUGGGAUUGGCCAAUGUCUUGUUCUUGAAGCGUUGGCCUCCUGUUGUCGAGCCAUUGGGGGCGAUCUGUCCUCUAAGGACUUGCUCACUACACCUACUGCUGAGAAAGGCACCCGUAAGUUAAUUCUGCAGGCGGCAACGUCCAUUAACCCACAGAAGGGAAACUCUGGGGUCGGCCAAACUUGGGGAAAGCCCCUGCCUGGGGGGAUGCAGGACCCGGUUAGCCGCAAGUUUGUUCUGUCGCCUGACCGUGUGUCGCAGCUUAAAAGCUUAUGUUCUUCCCAUCUCCUGCAAGACAUCAACUCCGAUAAAAUCCUCUCGCGGAACGAUCUCGUUCUGGCACUGAUUUGGUUGUGCGUUAUACGCGCUCGUACUUUGCUUGCCGGCCCUGGCAACCACAUGGCACAAUCCAGCCUGAGCACAGCAAUUGAUGUGCGUACGGCGCUGCGCCCACAACUGCCGCGUACCUACCUUGGUAACGCAGUGAUGACCAUUCCGCUUAUAAGCCCCUUUUCCAAUGCCGAGACGGUGGAUUUCGAUGAUUCAUCGCUUAUCAAGGAGCUUUUGGGUUCCACUUCGGGAACCUCAGCCGUCGGACCCCGUCUGUCAGUCAAUGCGACUCAUCUGUCGCACUUAGCGCAGCUCGCUCUGCUCAUUCAUCGUGGGAACGCCUCUGUUGACAAUGAAUACCUGCGUCACCAUCUCGCACAGAUCCAAUCUUCGCCUGACUGGUCCAUCUCGGCGGCAUCACGGCCAGCCGAGUUCGGACUAAGUAGUUUGCGCACGAUCGGCACCUAUCGAUUGGACUUUGGGGCUGUGUUGGGCCAGGUGAAGGAUUUUGAUGUGCCAGAUCCCCGGUUCCGGAGCGCAGCGUGGAUCCUCCCAGCACGGUUCAAGGAUGCGCCUUGGGAUAUCCGUUUGGUGCUGGAGCCCAAAACUUUAGAUCUCGUGAAACGGGAUCCAAUGUUUCGGUGGGUACAGGGCGAAGAGAAAUCAAAGUUGUAA